CUACGUCAGUAAUCUGCGACACUUAGGACUGAUGGCGGUUUGAUUUGUUGAAUGGUUUUUGAGCGAGUCUGCGCUGUUACCUGUUUUUAUCAGGUAAAAUACAAUGAUUCACGAGCUGUUACUGGCGCUAAGCGGAUACCCUGGAGCAAUCUUUGCAUGGAACAAACGAACAGGUUUGCAGGUGUCCCAGGACCUGCCUUUCCUUCACCCCAGUGAGACCAGUGUCCUCAACAGGCUGUGCAAACUGGGCUCAGAUUACAUACGCUUCACAGAGUUUAUAGAGCAACACACCGGCCAUGUUCAUCAACAAGAACAUCACACAAACCAGCCGAACCAGACGGGACUUCAUGGGAUUUACUUGCGGGCGUUUUGCACGGGGCUGGACUCCAUGCUGCAGCCGUACAGACAGGCYCUGCUGGACCUGGAGCAGGAGUUCCUGGGAGAUCCACAUCUGACAAUAUCACACGUAAAUUACAAGCUCGACCAGUUUCAGUUGCUGUUUCCUUCUGUUCUGGUGAUGGUAGAAACAAUAAAAUCRCAGAAGAUCCAUGGCUGUCAGAUCCUGGAGACGCUGUAUAAACACAGCUGUGUGGGACUCCCUCCUGUACGCAUGGCUUUAGAAAAGAUUCUGGCUGUGUGUCAUGGUGUGAUGUACAAGCAGCUAGCAGCUUGGAUGUUGCACGGGCUGCUGCUGGAUCAGAGCGAGGAGUUUUUUAUAAAGCUGGGUCCGAGCGCAGGAGGUGCUGCUGCCAACCAGGAUGAGGAGGAGGAAGACCUGGGGCUGGGAGGCUUGAGUGGGAAACAACUCAGAGAACUACAGGACUUGAGACUGAUUGAAGAGGAGAACAUGCUGGCUCCGUCUCUGCAGCAGUUCUCCUUGCGCACAGAGAUGCUGCCUUCCUACAUCCCCAUCCGAGUGGCUGAGAAGAUUCUCUUUGUAGGAGAGUCUGUCCAGAUGUUUGAAAACCACAACCACAGCCCAUCCAGAGCUGGCUCCAUAUUAAAGCACCAGGAGGACCUGUUUGCUGCAGAGCUGCACAGACUCAAGCAGCAGCCUCUGUUCAGCCUGGUGGACUUUGAAAAUCUAAUUGAUCACAUUAGAAGCACAGUGGCAGAGCAUCUGUGGACACUGAUGGUGGAGGAGGCAGACCUGCUGGAACAGCUCAAGAUCAUCAAAGACUUCUACUUGUUGGGUCGAGGGGAGCUCUACCAGGUUUUCAUCGACCUCGCGCAGCACAUGCUGAAGACGCCUCCAACAGCUGUGACUGAGCACGACGUCAACGUGGCCUUCCAGCAGGCUGCUCAUAAGGUCCUGCUGGAUGACGACAACCUCCUGCCUCUGCUGCACCUCACUGUGGAUUACCAGGGCAAAGACAGCAAAGACGCGUCAGGCCCAAGAGACGGAGCCACCCCUCCUCAAGAAUCGUCUCCUCGGGAGGUUCCUCCCACCGGCUGGGCGGCGCUCGGCCUCACCUACAAGGUGCAGUGGCCGCUGCACAUCCUCUUCACUCCUGCCGUCCUGGAGAAGUACAAUGUGGUGUUCAGGUACCUGCUGAGUGUGCGGCAGGUGCAGGCGCAGCUGCAGCACUGCUGGGCUCUCCAGAUGCAGAGGAAACGCCUGAAGUCCAGCCAGACGGAGGCUGUGAAGUGGAGACUCCGGAACCACAUGGCCUUCCUGAUCGACAACCUGCAGUACUACUUACAGGUGGACGUUCUGGAGUCUCAGUUUUCUCAGCUGCUGCAGCAGAUCAACUCCACCAGAGACUUUGAGAGCAUCCGGCUGGCCCACGAUCACUUCCUCAGCAACCUGCUGGCCCAGUCCUUCAUCCUGCUGAAGCCGGUGUUCCACUGCCUGAACGAGAUYCUGGAGCUGUGCCAGAACUUCUGCUCUCUGGUCAGUCAGAGCGUGGCGUCGCUGGAUGAGAGAGGAGCUGGACAGUUGGACCUGCUGGUGAAGGGGUUUAGACGGCAGUCGUCCCUGCUUUUUAAAAUCCUGUCGAGCGUCAGGAACCAUCAGAUCAACUCUGAUCUGGCUCAGCUGCUGCUGCGUUUGGACUACAACAAAUACUACACACAAGCUGGUGGCACGYUGGGCGGUGUUUAAGAGAACAAAGGAUGAAGAUCCUCUCAUGUGAAGCUCCAAACAACAAACUGCUGCAUGUCUCAAAGGAUGCUUAGGUACAAAACGUACAGAUUUUCUGCUUUGCUGAGUGCAGAUAGAGAUCAAAUUCUCAAUGAAAUAAGAAAAAUAAUCAGCUUUYUUACCGUGUCACAGUGGGUAAAGUGAUGGUUUACAUCUUAUGGAAGUUUAUGGAUGAAUAAAAUCUAACUGCUGCAGAAAAACUGAAUGACUUCAGUUAACAAAAAGCCUAGUCAGGUUUUAUAGCAGGAUAGGCAAACGUGGUUUUAAAAAAGCUUUACCCAUAAAUUUCACAACAAACUGUUAACCUGACCUGAAGGAAGUUUACUCACUGCUUCGGAGAUGCUACAGCUAGCUGCUAAGGCUACUAAAGCUCACAAAUGUGACCCAGCAUAUUGAAAUGAGGAUUAAGUCAAAUUUGGUCAAAAUGACCUCAUCACAUUUUUACAUUCCUGCUUUAAAAGCUACAUUUUUGCUCCUUUUCCACUAAUGCCACUUAAUGUAGUGUCGGUACGGGCCAGUUUAGGUACUUUACCAUUGACGUUCCAGUCUUGUUCCAGUGGGUGUGUUUUGGGUGAUUGGUGGAGGUGGUUUUUGGGUUUUUUGAAAAA